UUGACAAUCUGUCCCCUACAUUCCUUCAUUCUGUUGAGUGCGUACAAAGUUCUUUCGAUAUUGUAAUGGAACAUGAGAAGCAUGGUUAAAAGGAAUUGCAAUUCUGAUUCUAUGGCAGAACAUUGUGUGAAGUUCCCCCUUGAUCUUGUCUUCAUCAAUGGCAUCCCCUUUGUGACUACGUAUAACCUUCGAAAUUGGGUAGGAGCUUCUGGCAAUUGACCACUUGAUGAAAUUAAUUCGUUGGCAGAUCAUGAAUUGAAAACAUCAAGCAAAAUCGCAUUAUUCCCUCCAUAGGUAUUGAAUAUCAACAUAACUAACUAUCAACAUGAGCAAGAGCAAGAUCACACCUUCGGAAUUAAUGAGUUAAUGAGUAUCGAAUAUUGAACAUAGAAUAUUGAAUAUUGUCAAAUAAUUUUGUUUCUCGGCUUUUUCUUCUGUGUAUCUUAUUUUUCAGGGUUGGGGUUUUUUUGAUUGGGUUCAAAGUUCAGGGCUAGAUUAUGAUGACUAAGUAAAUAAAGUUAAGUUCAUGACGCUUUAGUUAGAUUUUACGAAUCUAAAAUUCUCUGUAGCGCCUGCAGAAUUCAUCGUAAAACUUUCAAACGAGGAGCACUUUUCUCCAAAUUUCUAUGCGACUCCAACCAUGGCAGAAUCAUCUACUAACUCAUUAACAAUGGCUUCAUCUAAUAAUGGUAAGUUUUUGGACAGAAGACAACGAGGAAGGCCAGAAAGACUGAAAAGGAAACCUUCUCCUGCAAACACGCCACCUCCACCCCACCCCUUCUUUAUUUUUACCUUCGUCAUUCUAACAAACCGUUCUUUGCAGAUGUUCCAAUCAAACUCGAACGCUCUCCCAAUGCCUCCUCGACUUCGCCCCAAUCACCUGGAUUGAAACGGAGAGCUUCUUCAGAACAGCUGGAUUCACCAGAAAAGAGACAGAGAAUUGAAUAUGAAGCGGCACAGCCUACUCUACCCGAAUCUACCCAUGGAAAUGCAGCUUUUGAACAUACGAACGACGUAGACGAUUCUCUGGGAGAUCUCGAUAUCGAUGCUAUCAUUGCCUCCGGCGUGGCUCAUGUUUCUGCCGAGUAUCAAGAUGCAGGAAGCAUGGGAAUGAAUGGCCAUACCUCUCAUCAAGAUCAUUUACACGAGAGAAAUGUCGCCAUUGAAUCUCCUCAUUCCCAGAGUCAAUCGCCGAACAAUCGGGCCGCCCUUGAACGGCUCCGUACCGAUCAUCAAUUAUCUUUGCAGGUGUUAAGUCUAUUGUCCUUGGAAAGUUUGGUAUGGAUAUCUCCAAGAUCAAACAACAUGUACAUCUCUAAUGUAUCUGCAGUCCGUGCAAAUGUUAAAUAUUCUUUCUGAGGGAGGAUACGACGAUGUAGUCGUCAUGGUAACGCAAAGAGACACCCCUCGUGGGCAGUCAUUCCAAACCUUGAAGGACCUAUUCGAUAGAACCAAAAAGAUUUACGGCACUUCAACCUUCCUCUCCGCCGACCAGCUCAAUUUUAGAGAUCCAGCGCAACGAGAGAUCAUCAGACUUGCAAACCAUGCGACAUUUGUGACGAGCGUAUUUGGCGGACAAGAGGUUGGAUUUUAUGAACUCAACGAACAUUUUGUCGACAUCUGGACAAGGGAAGGAGAGCCCAUAUCAAAAGCAUCGGGUCAAUUGCUUAUGAACUUGAAGACACAAAUUAUCGUUGCCGCGCUAUCAAUGGAAGAGUCAGAUAGACCUGUCCCAGAGCUCAUAGCAGAGAUGUUUGGUUCAGAAAUCCGCAAUUUCCUUGCUCGGAGACAUCCCUAUCCUCUAACAGAUGAUGAGCGACAAUUACUUCUUGACUUGGAAAUCCGACGAGUAUAUUUAAUCAACCAAGGAAAUGAUCCUGCCAAAAUCAGUAAGGAUUUGCCCCAUAUUACUUCCCUCCCACUGACGAAUCUGCAGACGAACUCUGUAAUCUUUUCAACUGGGAGUCUUUUCUAAGAUCCACGCAUAUUCAUAUGGACGCAUACAGGCCAUUAGUCGAACCUUACAUGAAUAAAUAUUCUCUGGCAAUCCCUACUUCGACUGGGUAUUCGCAAGGUGCAAAUGGUGGUACCUCGAAUGGGAAUGCUUUUGCGUAUGCUGGUACCAAUGUAGAAGCUGAGCAUGCAGUUCAAAAAACUCUCGAAGAGGCAGAUGUGUAUCAGCAAUCAAGUAUCCCGCAGAAUGGUAUGCUUAAAAUGGAGGAUUCAUUUUAAUAUCUGGCUAAUUUUGCAAAGGAUAUCGCCAAGCUCAAUAUCAGACUACCUAUCAGCCGCCCAACCAAUCGACAAACACUUACCCAACUCAGUAUAGUACUAGUAAUACAUCUACAACUACACCACAUCAUUCUCAAUCAGAGUCGACAUCUGCUCUUUACGAAAAAGCUAGACAAGCUGCAGCGGCAAAGAAUAAUCCAGGGCAAAAAGCCCGACCUGGAUUACCGUCUCAACGUCGUCCAUGGAGUACAGAAGAGGAAAAUGCUUUAAUGGCUGGUCUCGACUCGGUCAAAGGCCCACACUGGAGUCAGAUUCUUGCUCUCUAUGGCGACAAAGGGUCGGUAAGCACUAUUUUGCGUGAUAGGAACCAAGUUCAGCUCAAAGACAAAGCGCGGAACCUCAAACUAUUCUUCCUCAAGAGCAAUAUCGAGGUUCCAUACUAUCUUCAAUGCGUAACUGGUGAACUAAAGACAAGGGCACCGACUCAAGCGGCCAGGAAGGAAGCGGAAGAAAGAGCAAGAUUAGCAGGAAAUGAAGAAAGCGCAAGAUUUCAUGGUGUCUUGGCACUGGCGUCGGGUAUUCAGAAUUCAAAUCAGGAAAACGGAAGCCGAAGUCCUUAUCAACAACCUUCAGAACCUGCAGAAGAUUUCAAAAGCAGGAGUAAUAGUCCGGAAGUUUUGCAUGUUGAGGAACCGGGACGAGCGGAAUCGCAACAGGUGGACACUCGUCAACAGACCUUGGAAAUGCAGGAAAUGAGCGCGGAUGAGAGAUUGAGGCAACAGUUAUUGGCUGCUACUAAUAGUCCCUAGUAGGUCGGGACCUUGUGAGAGCUACUUGCAUUUAGAGUUAUUGAAAGGAAUUCAUCUUUGGCAUUCAUGCUUUUAGCCUUAUCAGAAAUCAUAUAGAGAAUUUUUGCUUUAAACGAAUGAGGACUGUAUGGUGUUAGUGGUGGAAUGAGUAUGAGUUGUGUUUCGAUAGUUAUGGAGGUGGUUUUGAGUCGGUUUAAGUUAUAAUCUUAGUAGUAAACUUUGUUAUAUAAAUUAAUCAGUAUUAAUCUAUACUUUCGUGAUUUACUUUUAUAAUAUUUUACUAAGUGAUCUUCUCGGCUGGUAGUAUGAUUGUCGGCUUGCCGACACCAAAACCUUGUUGUACAUGUAAUGUACUGCAAUUUACUCGGUGUAGAUUAUAGAAAAUGAGAAACUCAUUUAAAUGAAUCGCGAUCCUGACAAUCUGAUUGGUCUAAAAUACCCCGGUAAAUACAUGGUAAAUACCAUAGUAAAUAAUCUAACAAAAAGCUUGAUAUAAGCUUUAUAACCUCAAACAAAUCUGAUUUAGAACUUUUUUUAACUUUAUUAAAAU